AUAUAUUGGAAGUUGAAUAUCUUUAAACGACUCAGAUUUCAUAACUUAGAUUACUGCACUUUAACAAACUCAAGGCCAUGAGGUUUGCAGUUUCUUUCGCUAGAGGGCUCAGAAGUGCAUUGAGUAAAAGGGCGACCACAGGCUGUUUUGUUGCUGGGGGAAGUCUUCUUGCAACUUAUGCUGUCUAUUCGCAUUAUGAAUUUCCAACGCAGAAACCGUUGUUCACAGCAUUAUGUUCCACUAAGAUGGCUCCCCAAGGAUCGGUAUGAUGUAGGAAUUUUAAUAUUGCGAUUUUAUUCAGGUUGUUAGUGAGACAAAAGCACAUGCUCUAUAUCUAACAAUUCACUUGGAUCCACGAGCAUCAGCACAUGACUGUUUGAAAUCCAUUGGACAAAUCAAGAAACAUGUAGAUGCAAUCUGUCCACCUGAUAUGCGUAGCGAAGAUGAUGAAAUUUUAUAUGGUGUUGGCUUUGGUGUUGAAUUCCUUCAAAAAGUGUAUCCUGAAUUUAAAUCUAAAGGAGUUAACAAUUUUGAAUAUCGUGAAAGAUCAGGGGUUUUAGGCGCAUUACCUAAAACAGGCGGUGAUAUAUUCAUUCAUGCAAAGUGUCAUGAAUAUGGGAAAUUGUUUGAAUUAACUCAAGCUAUCAUCAAUAAUCUGCCAUCUGGUUCUGUGGCUAAGUUUGAAGAUAUCUAUGGAUGGGUCUAUCGUAAUGGACGUGAUUUAAGCGGUUUCAUUGAUGGCACGGAGAAUCCAGCCGAUCCUGAUGAACGAGCUGAGGUGGCAAUCAAUCCAAAAACAGGUGGAAGUUAUGCUGUCGUUCAAAGGUGGAUUCAUAAUAUGGAUGUGAUUAGAACAGCAAAAGAACAAACAAAAGAAGGCUGGAUUGGUCGAACACUGAGUGACAGUAUUGAAUUGAAAAAGAAACCAAUCACGGCGCAUGUUUCCAGAAUGGUUGGAUCGGCAGACUAUGAUGCUACACCGAAAUUCAAAAUAGUCCGUCAAUCACAACCAUAUGGUACAUUGUCUGGAGAUGCUGGCCUAUUGUUCAUUGCCUAUGCAGCCGAUACAAAGAAUUUCGACUAUAUGUUAGAUCGUAUGACCGGUGACAGUCCGGAUGGCAAGCAUGAUGAUGUUAUGCGUUUCACCAAGUGUGUCAGCGGGAAUUAUUGGUACUUCCCUAGUGGAGCUGAAUUCGAUCGUUUGGUUAGCAGUGGUGGAAGUGGUCGACGUGGAUUUUGGUGAUUCACGCACACAAACACAGUCGAUUUUCCAACUUUUUGUUGUUGCCUUGCUUAUGUGAUCUCGUUUUCUUUGUUUUUUCUGUCUUUCUUUUCUGCAAUUAGCAGUCAUCAAUCAUGAAUUAAAAAUUUCUAUAAAUUUGUAAUAAUUGUGUUUUGUGUUGAGUUUGAAAACUACUCA